AUGACACACUUGGACUUUGCCAAAGGCUGUCUCUCAAGAAAUGGUGAUAGAGGUAUAAAAGACCUGAACGGGCAUCAAAAGGACACCAUCUGGUCUGCGUCGCCUGCUGCACAGAUCCACUCAGUCACCAUGAAGUUCACCAUCAUAGCUGCCCUCUGCGUGUUCGCUAUGGCUCAAGGGAGCCUGGCCCAGGAUGCUGCUGCAGAUCUGACCAAGAUCUUGAAUGACGGAAAAAAUUCACUGUUGGAGCAGAUCAAGAAUUUUCAGCAGGGCGAUCUGACCAACACAGCACAGGAUCUAUUGGAAAAAACCCGGACCCAGCUGGAGAACAUUGCCCCUCAAGUUGAGGCCGCCAUCGCCAGCCUGGACCCCGCAAAACAGGAGCUUAGCGCCACCAUGGUGAACCUCCAGAAGCAGAUGGAGGCUGUGAUGAAGAAGCUGCUUGAUACGACCAAAACUAUUGCUCAAUAA